AUCCACGGUUGGUGCGGAUGCUGCUGGGUUCCUGUACUGCGACGCGCCCCCAUCUCUGCUGCUGAUACCACAGUGUCUGUCCUUCUACAGCGACCACACACCUGCAAACGGAAAAAGGGUCAAGGAUAAAUUAACUAGCACUACAGCCACAUUAAGGCUGGUGGUUUAACAACUGAAUGUGGACACGACGCUAGCACAACGUUUGUAAAACAAAGUUGCGCUAAAUGUCAAGCUAACUUACUAGCUAUCAGAGGAAGUUAGCAAGCUAGCUAACGUGAUUUGCUGCUAGUGAUGGUCUUCUCUUUAAAACCUUAUGUUGUAGCUAGUUCAUCAUAGAAUAAUUUACAAGUCACGCAUUGCAGCGCAGGGGCUAUGCUAGUUAUCGUGCUAACCAGUGUAAAAACCGAUACAUAAUUUAAAACAACUGCUAUCUUACAGCUAACGUUAACUCAAAGUGAAUGAGAGAGGGAUAAUUUAAGCACAGAUUGAAGCCAAUCACGUCUAAAAUGUUGAAUCUGUUAUUUUAGUUAAGAUCAUAUUGACUAGGUUAACCGUCCCUUUAUACUGACAGAAUAUCGAUAGUAGCAUCUACAAGAUUACAACUGUUUAAGACCGAUUAUAACCGUUUAAGAAAGAUCCACAAGUGAGAAUGGCUCCAAAAAAGAGACCAUUGCCCUUAACCAUUGCUCCUGCUGGCGGUGGGUUAUCCACCUCCCCCAACACUGAUGUUCCACCUGAGGCCAAUUUAGUGGCACUGAAAAGAAUAUUGGAGGAGUUGGACCUAGAUGACCAACAGAAGAAGAGGUUGGAAGCUUUCCUCACCCUGAAGGCCAAGGUGGGCGAGUUGAGAGAUGACGACUUCCAACGUGUCUGUGAGCUGGGGGCAGGCAAUGGAGGAGUCGUCAAUAAGGAAUGCCACAAGUCUUCAGGCAUAAUCAUGGCCAGAAAGCUCAUACAUCUUGAAAUCAAACCGGCAAUCAGAAACCAGAUCAUCCGAGAGCUGCAGGUGCUGCAUGAGUGUAACUCUCCCUACAUUGUGGGCUUCUAUGGAUCAUUUUACAACGAUGGAGAGAUCAGCAUCUGCAUGGAACACAUGGAUGGUGGAUCUCUUGACCAGGUGCUGAAAGAAGCAAAGAGGAUCCCUGAAGAAAUUCUGGGAAAAGUCAGCAUUGCUGUUUUGAGAGGCCUUGUGUACCUGAGAGAAAAACAUCAAAUCAUGCAUAGAGAUGUGAAGCCUUCAAACAUACUGGUGAACUCGCGUGGGGAAAUCAAGUUGUGUGACUUUGGUGUCAGCGGGCAGCUCAUCGACUCUAUGGCCAAUUCCUUCGUUGGAACAAGGUCCUACAUGUCGCCUGAGAGAUUGCAGGGAACCCACUAUUCUGUGCAGUCAGAUGUGUGGAGCAUGGGGCUGUCCCUUGUGGAGAUGUCAAUCGGACGCUUCCCCAUCCCUCCUCCUGAUGCUAAAGAACUGGAGGCCUUGUUUGGACGUCCCAUCUCGGGUGGUGGUGGAACAGAGACCCUCAGCACUUCACCCAGACCUAGACCACCGGGUCGACCUGUCAGUGGUCAUGGCCCUGCGAUGGCCAUCUUUGAACUACUGGACUACAUAGUAAAUGAGCCUCCUCCCAAACUACCACAUGGCGUCUUCACCUCAGAUUUCCAGGACUUUGUGACAAAGUGUCUCAUCAAAAAUCCAGCAGAAAGGGCUGACUUGAAAAUGCUGAUGAACCAUAUGUUUAUCAAGCGAUCCGAGGUGGAGGAGGUAGACUUUGCGGGCUGGCUUUGUAAAACCAUGGGGCUAAACCAACCUAGCACUCCCACACGCACUGCAGACUGAACACGAACACGAUAUGUACAUCUAGAACAUGGAGAAGCUGAUGCCUAUACCCUUACACCUAUACACAUACAGUAUACACACACACACACACUGUUUGCCACGUCCUUUCUCAGGUGGACCUCCGUCUAUCACAGGAGCUCUACUAAAAUGUAAGACAGAAAGAUACAGGCUCUACAGCACUAGGGUUUCCAAUCAUGGCAGGUAAAUACAUAAAUGAAUGUGUUUUUUUAUGUCACAUUGUAUAAUCAUUUGUUUAUUUUUCUUAAGAGGUUAGGUGUGUCUGUGUGGGCAAGUGAUGAGUGAAGCUAGGAUGUUUUUUUUUUGUUGCAUUUCGUGAUGCGAGUGAUUUCUACAAAUUCUAAGAUGCCAAGUAAAGGUACAACUUUCAAUGCACUCUCUUUUUUUCCUCUGUCAGAGUUGUUAACGUAAGCAGCAUUAUGAGCAUGUUGUGGUACCAUUAGAUACAUAUUUCCAACAACUGGCUUUAAGAUUAGUAGACAUUCAUCACUGGACAGUACAAAAACAAAGCUGCAUAUCCAUUCUCAGCUGAAACAACUGAUUAUUUCUUUGUGGUUGCUGUAAUGUUAACAGGACAUGGAUUUGCCAUUGAAGUGCAUCCUGUGUUGUGGCAGGAUUGGGGCAUUUCGCUCCUUUGUGUUCUUCUAUUUGUGUACUUCCUCCUUUAAAUCUAAAGAUAUAGAUGUUUUUCAUGGUAAAAUCAUCACAAGAUUUGUCUUUAUAAUUUGUCGGAAACUGUCAAUAAAUAGUAUGUAUUGUAACAUGUCUUCAUAAACCAGACUAUCGCUUCA